CAGCAGAAGUUUUAAAAUAUACACAUAGGUGUAAAUACGUACGUGUUAUGUUUGUCUGCAUAAAAAACAGGUUUCACAGCUGCUCCAGGCUAGAUCCUAGCAGACAUGAAGACGCUGUAUGCUUUCACUGUUGCAUUUUGGUUCCUGAAGUUUUCUCUCAUCUUGUGCAGUUUGACUGAACCCAGUUGCUUUUGGAGGAUAAAGAAUAGUGAAGAUAAUGAUGGAGAUUUGCAAAAUGACUGUGGUUUUAUCCUUUGUACAUUCGAGGGACCUAUUGAAGAAAAUUUUUAUAAUAAACUUCUUAAUUACAUUAAUUUUAGAAUACCAGCAAGAAAAUACGAGUUUUUUCUGGUUAUGUUUUUUGCUACUGAUGAGAUCAACAAGAAUCCUUAUCUUUUAUCCAACAUGUCUUUGCUAUUUUCCAUCAUUGUUGGCAUGUGUGAAGAUACAUUAGGAAAUGUGGAUGAAGCAUAUUCACAAUCAAGUAAAGGUUUGGAAUUUCCUAAUUUCAUCUGUGGAAUGAAGAAAACUUGUGAUGUACAGCUUACAGGACCAUUAUGGAAAAUAUCCUUAAAACUGGCAAUUAAAUCCAAAGGUCCAAAGAUCUUCUUUGGACCAUUUAACCCUAACCUGAGUGACCGUGACCAGUUCCCCUAUGUCCAUCAGGUGGCAUCCAAGGACACGUGUUUGUCCCAUGGCAUGACAUCCUUGAUGCUUCAUUUUAAACGGACUUGGAUAGGACUGGCCAUUACAGAUGGUGACCAAGGUAUUCAGUUUCUCUCAGACUUGAGGGAAGAAAUGCAAAGGCAUGCGGUCUGUUUAGCUUUUGUGAAUAUGAUCCCAGAAACCAUGCAGCUAUACAUGGCAAGGGUUAAGAUUUAUGACCAACAACUUAUGACAUCUACAGCAAAAGUUGUUAUCAUUUAUGGUGAAAUGAACUCUACUCUAGAAGUCAGCUUUAGGAGAUGGGGAAACUUAGGUGUGCAGAGAAUCUGGAUCACAACCUCGCAAAGGGAUGUUAUCACAGAUAUAAAAGAUUUCAGCCUUGAUUUCUUCCACGGGACUGUCACUUUUGCACACUGCCACAGAGAAACUGCUGAACUCAGAAAUUUUAUGCGAACAAUAAACCCGUCUAAGUAUCCAGUAGACAUUUCGCAGUCUAUGCUGGGGUGGAAUCAUUUUAACUGUUCAAUCUCGAAGAACAAUAGCAAAAUGGAUUCUUUUAUUUUCAACAACCCAUUGGGAUGGUUAGCACAGCACACAUUUGACAUGGUCCUGAGCGAAGAAGGUUACAAUUUGUAUAAUGCUGUGUAUGCUGUGGCCCACACCUACCAUGAACUCAUUUUACAACAAGGAGAGACUCAGAAACUGGCAAAAGCCAAAGGAGUAUUCACUGACUGUCAGCAGCAGAUAUGGAACAGUGUGUGA